GCACGACACAGCAGGACACGGCGACAGCCUCGAGGCUUGUGCUACUAGCUACCGAGUACUCACACGAUCCAUGAAAAGCAGCUCGCAGAAGCAUUGUGCGCCAUUUGCGCCUCUCAACACGCUCUCGUUACCGCAGAAACCGGCCUACGCCCCGCUCGACACGCCCGAAUCGUCCUUCUACGGCGACAGCAGUUCGCUUUUUGACGAAGCACCCAGCCCUUACGCUCCCCCGGCCAGCACACAGAGCAAGAUGGUGCGCGAACGAGAGCCAUCGGCCCUGCCCACGCGGCCGGAGCAGCAGAAGCCCGCGCCGGCUGCGAGCGUGACCGAGCGCAUUGCAGCACCGCAGUUUGGGCAAGCAAGUCCUCUGCGUAACCCGCUGAGACAAGACAAGCCCAAGCAUUCACAUCUGUUCAAUGUUGCUGCCCGCGCACCAAAUCCGCACACGGCGCCGCCUUCCUUCAAGGUGCCCCAGCGAGUAUCGGUCCAACCGAAGCCCGCCAAGCUGGAUGCUUUUGGCCGUCCAGUCGACGAUGACCUGUUCGAGAUCCCCGCCAGCAGCUUCCAGCCUCGACAGUUGCAGUCGACGAGCGUCCCGGUCCCUCGGCCAUUCAACCCGCCCGCGCGCACCGUACAGCCCCCACCGCGAUCGCUAUACACGUCGGUAGGACACGACAACGGCUUCCAGCCAGUGAACAAGGGCGCACACAACCCUCUGCAAGACGUGCGGAAGACAGUCAUCCUAGACGACGAGGAUGACUUUGACCCUGACGCCGCCGUCUUCGCCGACCGCGGCCGCUUCGGCGCACCUGACCUCAACGCCUACGUUGACCAGGGGCAAGCCAGCGAGAACAUCAAGGCUCUCCUUGAGGGUGCCCUGGACGAUGACGACGAAAAGAUCCCGCGCACACGAGGGCGAAAGAAGAAGAAGCAGCAGCAAGUGAAGGACGCUGCCGCCUCGCUGGCCGACCGCCUAAAGGCUCUGGACGUCCAAGACAAGCACUCCAAGCCCGAGCCUGAGGAAGAAGACGCGGAUGAUGACGAAGAUGACGGCUUCGUCGAUGGGCUCAAGGUCAGCCUGCUACCCCACCAGGUCGAUGGUGUCUCAUGGAUGAUCGAGAAGGAGACGGGUGCGCACAACAAGCGAGGAAAGCUGCCCAAGGGUGGAAUUCUGGCAGAUGACAUGGGUCUGGGCAAGACUGUGCAAUCCAUGGCACUCAUGUUGUCGAAUCCUCGGCCUGAGAAAGGCGCCGAGCCUGAGAACAAGAAGAACAAGAUCCUGGACAUCGUCGGCAAGGGCACUCUCGUUGUUGCUCCUCUGGCCUUGAUCAAGCAGUGGGAAUCUGAGAUCGCCACUAAGGUCGCGAAGACUCAUGCGCUGAAGGUCUUGGUUCACCACGGUCCCAGUCGCACAAAGUCCGCCGAUAAGCUCAAGCAGUACGACGUGGUUAUCACGACCUAUCAAGUCCUUGCAUCAGAGCAUGCACAGUGUGGAGACGGUCCAGACGGCCUCAAGAAGGGCUGCUUUGCCGUGCACUGGUACCGCAUGAUGCUCGACGAGGCCCACACAAUUAAGAACCGCAACGCGAAGAUGACUAAAGCCUGCUAUGAUGUCCGCUCGCAUUACCGCUGGUGUCUGACCGGUACACCGAUGCAGAACAACCUCGACGAGCUGCAGAGUCUGAUCAAGUUCCUCCGCAUCCAGCCAUACUGCGAGAUGUCGAACUGGAAGGACUCAAUUACAGGACCCAUGAAGAACGGCCGCGGCAAUCUUGCCAUGCGCCGACUGCAGAUCUUCCUGAAGGCUUUCAUGAAGCGUCGGACCAAGGAUGUACUCAAGAAAGAGGGAGCGCUGACCUUCGGUGGCAAGAACAAAGACGGUGCGGAUAAGCCAGCCUUCCAGAUCGUUGCGCGAAACGUCGAGACUGUCAUAGGAGAGUUCACGGCCAAAGAGCGCGCUUUCUACGAUCGCCUGUCCACUCGUGCACAGGAUCGCCUUGAGGAGUUGAUGGGUGGCGAGAAGCAGGAUUACAUUGGGGCCUUGGUGUUGCUGCUUCGUCUGCGACAGGCGUGCAAUCAUCCCAACCUCACCAAGAGCAAUGUCAAGGACGACAAGGAUGCGCUGACGACAGGAUCGAAGUCGGGAACUCAGACGGGCUUUCAGACUCCUCGCAAGGCUUCCAAAGGUGACGAUGCAGACGAUCUUGCGGAUCUGCUCGGUGGACUGAGUGUUGCGGUCAAGCGCUGCGAUCUCUGCCAGCGGACGCUGAACCGCGACAACGCUGCGAAUGGCGCGAUCCGCUGCAAUGACUGCGAAGAGGAUCUCCAUGCCUCGUCGAAGAAGUCGAAGAAGCAUAAGAAGAAGCAUCGCAAGGACAAGCACAAGUCUGACAAGACCAAGAAGUCCUCCAAGCCAAUCAUUACCGAUGAUGAUGAUGAUGAAGACGAGGCAGACGAUAUUAUCCGGCCGACCAAGUCUUCUCGCCAGCGCCGUGUUGUUGUGGAUAGCGAUGAUGAAGAAGAGGGCGAGUGGCUCGUCUCAGAAGACCAGCAACACUCCGAGAACCUCGGUGUUGCUGGCGGCACAGACGACGAGAAUGCCGAGGGCGGUGGCGACACACUGGCCUCUAUUGACUCACAAGCCACAGGCAGCGUCGACGACAGCAAGAGCAACCUUGAUUCUUUUAUCGUGCACGACACCGACAGCGAGGACGAAGCGCCCGUGGCCCGUAAGAAGCUCUUCAUCAAAGGCAAGCCUCGCACCGUCAACCUCGUGUCUGACUCCGAAGAUGACUCGGCGACAGAAGCCGACUCAGAAUCCGACCCCAACUCCGAAGACGACGAUGAUGAUGAAGACUCCGCCACCGACGCAUCAAACGACUACAACACGUCUGAUCUCGUCCCCUCCACCAAAAUCCGCCAACUCCUCAGCAUCCUCGAGAAGGAAACGCCGGAACACAAAGUCAUCGUCUUCUCGCAAUUCACUUCCAUGCUCGACCUCAUCGAGCCGUUCCUCAAGCGCGCCGAAUUCGCCUUCACGCGCUAUGAUGGCAGUAUGCGCAAUGACCUGCGCGAGGCGAGCUUGCAAAAGUUGCGCGAGGAUAAGAAAUGCAGGGUCUUGUUGUGUAGUCUGAAGUGCGGCAGUCUUGGGCUAAAUUUGACGGCGGCGAGUAGGGUGGUUAUUAUGGAGCCAUUCUGGAAUCCGUUCGUCGAAGAACAGGCCAUCGACCGCGUCCACCGCCUCAACCAAACCGUCGACGUCACCGUCUACCGCCUCUCCAUCCACAACUCAGUCGAAGAACGCAUCCUCGAACUGCAGGAAGCGAAGCGCAAACUCGCACAAGCUGCGAUCGAAGGCGGCAAGGCGAUUGGCAAGCUGAGCAUGAAGGAUAUUCUCAAUCUGUUCAAGCGCGAGGCCGAGUAUGACCAUACGAAUGUGGACAAGGAUGUUGACGAGAGCGUCUUUGCUAAGCGCAGGGUGCUUGAGAGCGGCAGUGACGAGUUUGCAAGCCAGGGUGAUUCAACGGAUAGGCGCCCGGCUAGGAAGGCGGGCAGCCUUGGGUUCAGGAAGGAGAGGAAGGAGGACAGUGUUUACGGUCGGCGCUGAGGCUUGGGUCCCCGGAUUUCGCUGCCUCGAAUGUCUUGGCGAUCAAGGGUGAGGCGGUUGGUGGUUCUGGACACGCAUCUGGGCAGGGAAGGCAUGAUAGAAGGCGUUCAGGACAUCAGGUUUCAAGAUUUACGCUGUUCUGACUUGACAGUCUCGGGUUUCAUUUCAAUGUGACCAGUGCACUCUCGCACCA